AUGCCGUCUCAAAGGCGUUUGCGCGCCAUAACUUAUUUGGUCCUUGCUGGGCUAGUCCUUUUCCUGUACUUCACUUCGCAGGCUCGCCAUCCUCGAGACCCCCACACGCGGUCCCUGCAGGAGUUUUACUCCAAGACCGUGAAGGCGAUGGACAAGAGCCACGGAGCUGGCGCUACCGGGGGCCAGAAGAUUGUUGCCAACCACGAUGUGGAUGCGAAUGGUGACAUUGAUGAGGACGACGCCAUAGUCGCCAAGCAGAUGGCCGAUCGUCUGCGUCAGGCCGAGCAGAAGGCCAAAGAUGGCGCCCAGGCCAAAGGGCCCAACAAGCCCGAAUCCCCUCAGGAGGUCAUUGGAGUCGGGAGCUCGGCGAGUGGACAGAAGCGGCCUGCGCAGGAAGCAAAGACUGAAACCGAGGUGGAAGAAACCGACGAGGACCACGAGGUCGACGGGGUACUCGAUUCCGUCCUGAAGAAGUCUCCAGUUGUCAUUUUCUCCAAGUCGUACUGCCCCUAUUCCAAACGGGCCAAGGGAAUUCUACUCGAGAAGUACGUCAUUGAGCCUGCGCCGUACGUCGUCGAGCUGGACCAGCACCCACUGGGAGCGAAGAUCCAAGCAAGGCUAGGACGCAUGACGGGCAGAACAACAGUGCCAAACGUUAUGGUGUUCGGGAACAGCAUUGGUGGGGGAGACGAUGUUGCUGCGCUGGACAGGGAGAGAGCGCUCGCCGAUAAGAUCACAUCCCUCGGCCGAAGCCGCGUCGAUGUGUCUCUGCGUUUCGCGCGGGCUGCGCAAAAGGCAGACUAG